AAGGGAAAAAUUCCAUUUCUUUUAUCCUAAGAAAUCAGAAUGCACCACGGCCUCACCGGCAGCUCCGACUCUGGCUCUGGCUCCGGCUUCAAGCUUGCUGGAAGAGAUGAGGGUCGAAAAAGGGACAACAAUGAUCAUAAGAGAAACAAACGCCCAUGGCUUCAUGAGGAAACAAAGGAUGCUCGGAAGAAGCUGAAAGCUGCAAAGGAAGAACUAGCUACCAGCAUGGAGUUGCUAGAAGACCUUGAGUCUGGAAUCAACCAAACAAGGGCGGAGAACCAUCUCGUGCUUUGGGAGAUGGCGCUUCUUGACGCCCUUGUUGAAGAUUUCUUGGAUGAUAUCGAUACCCAAGGUGAUUGAUAGACAAACCCUAUCUUUUAAACAUAGGGUUGAUCAAUAAUAUAUCCAUAUGUAUGUGUGUGUGGUUGUUCUCAUAUGUGGAGAGUAAAUAAAGUAUACAGGCUGCG